AAAUCAUUGUCAUAAACAUAAUAAUUUUAAAAUGGAUUUAUUAAUUGUUGGUAAUAAUGAAUGGGUAAAUCAAAAUUUAAUCUGCUCAUUGCUAGAUAUGGGAUGUGGGGAAAUUAAAUUAGGUUUACAUAGUAAUGAUAAAAAUAAAUACAGCAAAUUUGGUUCAAAAAUUAAAAUGGUAGAAUUUGAUUACAAAAAACCAGAAACCUUUAAAAGUGCUUUACAAAACGUAAACAAAAUCUUUAUGUCUUGCGAUCCUGCCGAUUUACAUGCAAAUGAAACAAUCCAACCUUUUUUACAAACUAUUAAACAUGGUGGUCAAUCAAGUCAAAUUCAAAAACUAAUUUAUUUAUCAACUUUAGCAACAGAAGAAGGUUUACCAACCAUAAAGUGUGAAGAGCAAAUUUCACUUUUGGGUAUGAAGUAUAUUAUACUUAGACCAACUUGCUUCCUUGACAACUUUGCAACCCAUAUGAAAGAGUCUAUUAAAAGAGGUGAACUUUACUCCUCCUGUGGUAAUGGAAGAACAGCCUGGGUAGCCUCUGAAGAUGUUUCAAAGUGUGCAGCCAUUCUUUUAACCAAUGAUGAAAAGUUUAAACUUUACCAACAUAAAAUCGUCCCAAUGACCAAUUCAAAAACACUUUCGCUUCAAGAUAUAAUUGAUAUAUUCAACGAACAGCUACACAAGAAAAUUCAUAUUACUGAAGUUACUGCAAAGCAAUUUGAUGACAAUAUGGUUAAAAUUGGACAACCAAAAGAUUCCUCAAAGUUUGUUACACUUGUUAAUGUUGCCAUCGAAAAAGGUCAUCUCGACCAAGUUGAUGUCGCCCUAGAAGAUAUUAUCGGCCAUAAACCAUUAUCUGCAGAUCAAUACAUCAGUUCAAAUUUAUCAAUUUGGAAAUAAGUAUUAAAUAAAUAAAAUAGUAAAAGAGAAUUAAAACUAUAAAUUUUAUAUAU